AUGGCUGGCGAAUAUGACACAGCAAUCACAGUGUUUUCUCCUGAUGGACGUCUUUUUCAAGUUGAAUAUGCGCAGGAAGCCGUGAAGAAAGGAUCAACAGCCGUUGGUGUACGAGGCAAAAAUAUCGUUGUUCUAGGAGUGGAAAAGAAAGCUGUUGCUGUUCUACAGGAAGAUCGUACAGUGCGUAAAAUCUGUGUGCUCGACGAUCAUGUUGCUAUGGCAUUUGCUGGUCUCACAGCUGACGCUCGUGUUCUUAUGCAUCGUGCCCGUAU